UUCAAACAAGUGCAAGACUCAGAUAGGAGUGUUUGAAAUAAAAUGGUUGCUUAACAGUCGGGGGUUCUCUGGAACUGGAGAUAUAAACUGGAAUAUAUUUCAGGAAGCUUCAGGAAUCCUGCAUCUGUAAGAGACAACAGACCUACUUUAAAGGGCUGAAGAGCCGAGGCAUAGCAGGGCAGAAGUGUGCUGCAUGGGGCCACGGCCAGGCCUUAUGGCAGGAGGCGCCAAGAUCUCAAAGAGCUAUAAUUACGUUCUGUAGGAGCCUCUGAGGUGAAACAGUUCACACAGACACUGAAAGAUCGUGUGCCCAUGAGGUCAUCCAUGCUGGUCCUGUUUUUCGUCUUCAGUGCCCAGGCUCUGGCCACCAUCACAGGGGUCUCGUGCAGCUCCACAACAGAUCAACAGAAAAACUCAACCUCCAUCCCAACUGUGGACCCUAAACUCUUCAGCAAGCGUCAUUACCUCUCACCCAGGGUGCGGUUCAGCUCACAGCCCCCCAAUGUGGAACCAACGGGGGAGCAUGGUAUCAGCAGGAGGACUCGAAGGCGAGCGGGACAGCCUCAACACCGGGGGGUGUACUCUGUGUGUGAGAGUGUUAGUGUCUGGGUGGGCAACAAGACCAAAGCCACAGACAUCUCAGGCAAUGAGGUGACAGUGCUCCCAAAUGUGAACAUAAAUAAUGUUAACAAGAAGCAGUAUUUCUUUGAGACGACGUGUCACAGCCCUGGCUCUGGAGGCUCAGGCUGUUUAGGAAUUGACGGGAGGCACUGGAACUCCUACUGCACCAACUCACACACUUUUGUUCGAGCACUGACUUCAUUCAAGAACCUGGUGGCUUGGAGGCUCAUACGCAUCAACGUGGCUUGCGUGUGUGUGCUCAGCCGCAAGUCAUGGAGGCAGUGAAGACCGAGCCGACAGGCUGGCACUCAGAACACAAUAUAGACAAACACAAUAAAAUGUAAACAGGUAUGUUCCUGCAAAUAAAUUAUCACCAAAGGCCUGCACAAAGUAAAUUAUUAUAUUAUGUGUCAAAGUAUUGGGACUACAUGUAUUCACACCAGACCUGGGUCAAAGAGUACCUACAAGUUUGUCAUUACUAAAGUAUUAUCAGAAUUGUAAAAGUGUUUCAUUCAGCUGUGGUUCACAAAAAAGGCCAGUUUCUUGAGAUGCAAGUGUUCAUUGCAUCAUUAUAGCAUUAGACGAUGUAGUUUCUAAAGGAAAAAACUUGAAGUGCGAAAUUUCCUUUUAGUAAACAAUAUAGCCUGUGCUCUUUAAAAUCUACUACAUUUAGAAGAAUUUAUUUGCAAAAUAUUUAUGGUACAAACCGAUUCCAUCAAUUGAAAGUAACAACAGAAUUUUUAUUCUAACAUAUUCAGCAAAAUACAAUGCCGAUGAAAAA